AUGGGACACUUUUUGAUUGGUCUCCUUGUGGUUGUUUUGUCUGUUGGUAAUGUUAUUGAAGAAGCAAAUGGUGAAAUACCUAGAACAGUUUUGAGCGAAAUAGAGUGGAUUAAUAAGAGAGGUCCUUUUUUGGGGAUUGUAGCUCCAAACAACUAUGAGCUUAAUCCUCUUCUUGAUUCCAAAGCCUAUGUUCCAUAUCACAGUUUGCCUUCCAUCGAAUUCGCAGAUGUUAAUCUUCAGAUUGGUGACGUCACUAUUCCUAGAUAUUGGGCCCAUUCUGGUCUCUGGAAUUGGCAGAGGUAUGGAGCUGGGAUCGACAACGAACUAGCUUUGGAAGGCGGCGGAGACUAUACUCGGGAAAUUGGUUAUCUGGAGUUUGCCAAGUACACCAACGGAAGCGACAACUUGCUCAACCGAGUUUGGUACCAACCGGAAGAAAUCUUUCCGGUCACCGGAACUCCAGAAGUCCGGGAACACGCCUUUUGGGUUCCCGUUGACGAGUACUUCUUGAAUAUUGCACGCCAACUCGAGGACACGGAGCUACCACAGUGCGUGAACACCACGUGCCUCCCUCGACGACCAAAGGUAACCAUCGUCGACCAUGGAGUGAGUGCUAGCGUCUUCGUCGACAACGCUGCUUACAGAACUUUCCUACGCUCCAAAUUCAACGCCACUGCUGUGGAAAUGGAAAGCGCAGCCGUUGCUUUAAUCUCUCACCAGCAAAGCCUCCCUUUCAUCGUUAUACGUGCCUUGUCCGAUCUCGCUGGCGGCGGCUCCGAGAUCUCUAACGAGGCCGACAUUUUCGGUAGCCUCGCCGCGGUAAACUCGGUGGAUGUUCUUGUGAAGUUCGUUGGUUUGUUGCCUCCAUACCGCGGAAGCAAGGUUCAGCGAGAGUAAUAAGUGUUGUCGUGUUGAUGUGUGUCUAUUUUUUAACUAAGAGCAUGUAACGUAAAAAUAAAAGACUGAUUUACAUUAUAGGGCAGUUUUUGAGUUUAG